AUGGCUGGGAUCGCAUACGAUACAUCGUAUGCAAAAAAGAUCGCAUACGAUGUAUCGUAUGCGGUCCUGCUGCCUGGGAAGCUGCCGGGCGGUUCAAGGAAAUCUUAUGCGACUUCUCCCUCGGAGAUAAGUGUAUGGGCACCUACCUUUACUCUGGUGAUAAGGCAGAUUUUUCCCAUCUCCACUUUCGCUGGGGCAGAAAGGAAGCUGACGUUGAAGAUUCCUCCAGCUCAGGAGCGCGUUCCAUCGUCCGUUGAAGGCUUAUCUGAUGGGGGAACGGGGCUGUGUGUAACUUUAGAGUGGUUCUACUUCAUCUGUGACUCUCAGCACAAGUUUCCAGCGUUUGGACAGGUUCCAGCUGUAAUUUGUCUGCAAUUCAAAGAUUACAUGGGAAAGAUGCCGGAAUCCAGAACAACACCCAGAUUACCUGCAGCGCUACUCUCCCCUGUGGAACGGAGGGCACCCAAAGUAAAGUGUGAAGUUCUUCCUUGUUUCAAUGGAGGAGAAUGUAUACAGAAGAAGUACUGUGACUGCAGCCGAUAUAACGCGUCUGGCUCUCGAUGUCAGAUAGUGUAUAACACAGGGGCAGAGAGAGAGAACAUUUGCCGUACGUGGGGACAAUCUCAUUAUGAAACAUUUGAUGGACUUUAUUACUUCUUCCCUGGAAAAUUCACAUAUGAUCUCUUACGCCAAAAUGAGCCGGACGAGCAGAGCUUUGCUAUACAGGUGCACAAUGAUCCAGACUGCCCAUCACUCCCAUAUUCCUGCUCACGCUCCGUCAGUCUGUAUUUUGCUGGUGUUGGGGAAAUUAAGUUACAGAACCAGAUUGUUCUUUACAAUAACGUCAGGGUACGUUUGCCAUACACAGUGGGCAGCGUGACGAUAGAAACCAUCUCGGGCUACGUGCUUGUGAGGCAGCAGUACGUGUUUACCUUGGCUUGGGAUAGCAGGUCCUCCGUUUACCUCAGGAUGAGCCUGGACUAUGUUGGCAGAACCCAAGGACUUUGUGGGAAUAAUAACUGGAUCCCUCAGGACGAUCUGGUGACGAGUUACGGAAAAGCAACUGAAAACAUUGAAGAAUUUGUGAACAGCUGGCGAGAGGACAUUCCCCAUAAAGCCUCAGCACACCCCGCUGCCCCUGUGCUGUACGAACCGCCAUGCGCAAAGCAGAGCCAGCAAACAAAACAGAUGGCACAUUCCAUGUGUAGCUCACUACUACAGGCUCCAUUUGAGAGCUGCCAUGAGUUAGUGAGUCCGUUCCCCUUCGUGGCGAGCUGUGCGAAUGACCUGUGCGUGUCAGAUGGCGAUGUUGGCACCUGGUGUAGCGCUCUGACAGAGUAUGCCCGUGGCUGUGCCCAUGCGGGACACCCUCUCCACGGAUGGCGGGCGAUGUAUAAGCAGUGUGAGAUCCCGUGUGACGCAGGCUUGGUGUACAAUGACUGCAUAGACUGCUGUCCGACCUCCUGUCACCAGAGGAAGGCGUGCAUGGACAACGAGUUCUCCUGUGUGGAUGGCUGCUACUGUCCUGCAGGUCUGAUUUAUGAAAAUGGCACUUGUGUGAACCCCACCGAAUGCCCGUGUGACUUCCUGGGCACUCCGUACCAGGCCGGCUCUGUGGUGCAGGAUCAGUGUAACAAUUGCACUUGCUCUGGAGGUAAAUGGAUCUGCACAAAUCUUACCUGUCCAGCGGAAUGUUCUGUCACAGGAGACUUUCACAUUAUGACAUUCGAUGGCCGUAAAUACACCUUUCAGGCCCUGUGCCAGUACAUUUUGGCGAAGAGCCUCACGUCUGGGACAUUUACAGUGUCUCUGCAAAACGCCCCCUAUGGACAGAAUCUGGAUGGAUCCUGUAUCCAGUCUGUGAACAUCAUUAUAAACCAGGACCAGAGGAAACAGGUGACGCUGACGCAGGCGGGCGAUGUGCUGGUGUACGAUCAAUACAAAAUCAACCUGCCUUACACAGAUGACGUAUUUGAGGUUAGACAACUGUCUUCUCUGUUUAUACAAGUGAAGACGGAAAUCGGUCUGCGGCUGCUGUACGACAGGGAGAGUCUGCGGCUCUAUCUCAAUCUAGAUGGGCGCUGGAAAGACGACACCACCGGCCUCUGCGGGACCUUUAAUGACAAUGCACAAGAUGAUUUCCUGUCUCCAGCUGGGGUCCCAGAGAGUACUCCACAGCUCUUCGGAAAUUCCUGGAAAACCUCAUCUGCCUGCGGAGUGGAACAUUUGCCGUCCCCUCUGGACCCAUGUGACAUUCACCUACAGGCAGCAUCUUACGCUUCGGAAAGCUGCAGCAUCGUCACCAAAGAGCUCUUUGCUCCGUGUCAUCCGCACCUGAACCCGGUGUCUUACUUUGAGCAAUGCAGAAGGGACACGUGUAAAUGUGGCGAGGCCUGUCUCUGCUCCGCCCUGGCGCACUAUGCCCACCAGUGCCGGCGCUUUGGAAUAACCAUUCAUUUCAGAGCCAGCUUCCCAGACUGUGAGAUUUCGUGUAAGGACUCCAUGGUUUAUGGUACUUGUGUAACGAUGUGUGCGCAGACCUGCCAGUCACUCUCCGUGCCGGAAGCCUGCGAUGAACAUUGCGUAGAAGGCUGUGCCUGUCCUCAGGGGAUGUAUUAUAAUACCCAGCUUGAGAGAUGUGUAGAAAGGAAUCAAUGUCCAUGUUACCUGCAGGGAAUCGAUUACCAUCCAGGAGAAAAUAUCAUCACCUCUCUCGGUAAAUGUAUCUGUAAGAAUGGAUUAAUGAACUGCGAGAGCAUCGAGACAGCACACGAGUGUCCUGCUGGUCAGAUAUAUUAUAAUUGCAGCAGUCCGGAUGUGAACAUUCAACUGAGCCGGGAGAGAACGUGUGAGAAUCAGCUGCUGAACCUCAGCAUAUCGGUCCAUCAGCCCUGCAUGUCCGGCUGUGUGUGCCCGGAGGGGCUGGUGAAACACGGCAAUGAAUGUUUUGAACCCGAUGCCUGUCCCUGCUCGUGGAAAGCCAAGGAAUAUUUCCCCGGGGACGUUGUGAACUCCUCCUGCCACACGUGUGUUUGUCAUCACGGAUCAUUUCAAUGUACCUUCCAUCCGUGUCCAUCCAUGUGCACAUACUACGGCGAUCGCCAUUACCGGACGUUUGAUGGCCUGGCGUUUGAUUUUGUUGGGUCGUGUAAAGUUCAUCUGAUUAAGGGUCUGUCAUCGGAUAGGUUUUCGGUCAUAGUAGAAAACAUAAACUGUUUCAGUACUGGAACAAUCUGCAGAAAAUUUAUCUCUAUCAAUGUUGGACAGUCAAUAAUUAUAUUUGAAGAUGACACUGGAAAUCCGAGUCCAUCAAGCAUCAUAGAUGAGAGACAAGAGAUACACAUCUGGCAAGCCGGCUUCUUCACCUUUCUACACUUUGCUUCGGAAUAUAUUACACUUCUGUGGGAUCAGAGAACGACUAUUCACAUACAAGUGGGACCCCAGUGGCAGGGAGAACUAAGUGGACUUUGUGGGAACUUUGACCUGAAGACAGUGAAUGAGAUGAGAACUCCAGAUAACUUUGAGCUGACCAAUCCUCAGGAAUUCGGAAGCAGUUGGGCAGCAGCUGAGUGUGCUGAAAGCCCGGACACGAGGAAUCCCUGCAUGAUGAACCCCCUCAGGGAGCCCUUUGCCAAGCAGGAGUGUGGAAUAUUACUGAGUGAGGUGUUUGACGCCUGCCAUCCAGUGGUGGAUGUUACAUGGUUUUACUCAAACUGCCUGUCGGACACGUGUGGAUGUAACCGCGGUGGAGACUGCGAGUGUUUUUGCACGAGUGUUUCCGCAUACGCUCACCAAUGCUGCCAGCAGGGAAUUACUGUGGACUGGAGGUCCCCCAGAGUGUGCCCUUACGAUUGUGAAUUCUACAAUAAAAUACUUGGGAAGGGGCCGUACAAGCUGCUCAGUUACGUUGACAGAGGCCUGGCGUUAUCAGUCAGACUGUCCGAUGCCGCUGUUAUGCCAAUGAGGAGAGACGGAGCGAUUCCGGGACACACGGCAAACUUCAUGCUGACGCCAGGACUGUACAAGCGCAAAUCGCAUGACAGAAACUUGGUCUCUUUCGAGCUAGCCGAGCGGCCAAACUUCUUUUUACAUCUGGGCAGCAACGGGACGUUGGUGGUGUCCAAGUGGCAGAGAAGUGAAGACUUUCAGAUCCGCUCCACCUUUAUAAUCCACAAGAACACGUGGAUCGCCGGGUACAGCGCCUACGAGAGUUUCGCCAAGCCCGGACACUUUAUGCAGAUCUCCGCUUCGUCCAUUUAUCUGACGAAAUAUUAUCAUUCCCCUGUGUACCGACUGUCUACGCUCUUCAAGUUGUCAGAUUCCAAGUCACGUGUUACUCCACGAUCUACCUGUGAGUGGCGCUAUGAUGCUUGUGCAAGUGCUUGUUUCAGAACCUGCAGAGACCCCUCAGGGGAACACUGUCAGAAUGUCCCUAAGGUUGAAGGCUGUUUCCCACUGUGCCCCCCAGACAUGGUAGUGGAUGAAGUCACUAGGAAAUGUGUUUUCUUCCCAGACUGCAUCGAACCUGCGAUUGAAGUACCAAAAUUACUCCCCACAACAGAACGUCACAAACUGACAACCAGUCUAAAUGUGACCACAUCACCCAGCUUAGUUUCUACACCUCUGUCAGCGACUAAAGCAGAGAUCACCCUACCUAAAAUAUCUGUGUCCAGAGCCACUACCACUGCUCUGCCCCCUACAGUGAGCCCAGCAACAUAUAUUCCUAAACCAGCUGUAACGUCCUAUGUUACACUGGAACCUGCCACCACCAUGCUCACGCUAACUGGUACAGUGCACACUCCACCAGUGCCGACUACCACCAGCACUGUCACCAGAAAGACCACCAGCAGCCUGACUCUGAUAGAAGGAUCCACAGCAUUGCUCUCCACUAAGCUAACUGCAGCUACGACUCCUGCAGGUCCUGAAACCAUUUCCUCUACAGCUAAACAGACAACAUCUGUAACAGAGAUCUCACAACUACCAAUCACUGAGACAGUCUCCGCAAGGCCACCUGCUACAACCACCGGGCCAGCCACAUCAUCUUCCUCCCCAGCGGUCAUACUGACAACGGGCCUGGCUGAUAGGACUGUGCUUACAUCUCUUCCAAGUGCAACAGCGACCGCACUUCCUCCGCCUGUCACUGGGAUCCUAACUAGCGAAAGUGUAACAUCCACGUCACCUACACUCCCAGAACUGAUGACAAUGUCAUCAAAGUACACAGCAAGUACUGGUUCUGUCCCAGCAACCACUGAGCCUACGAGUUCCUUCCAUCCUAUGAUGGGAAUUAGCACAACAAGUACGGACCACGAAUUUUCACAACCAACUUUGAGUGUGUCACACAUACCACCAGUAAUCACACCCAGUGCCAUGACUACACUCUAUUCUCUGGCUCCUAGCCCAGUGGCAGAAGGGACAUCGGCCACACCAGCUGUCAUUUCCACAGAAGCCACUAGUGCUGUGGAGACCACAGAGUACACAUCACAACCCACAACACACACUUUUACUACACAGCUGGUGACACUGCAAACGGACGCGUCCAAACCUUUUGUUACAAAGGUGUCACUUACUAAACCACCCGUUGAGCCUACUAUAAAGAUGUUGCCACCAGACAUCUCCAGUACUGUGGCUCAGGAAAUCACCACCACAGAGGCCACCACACAGCAACCUCCGCUAGACACCACACUGGCCAAUGGCACAAUUCCACUAGCCACAACCUACCUCACUACAGUUUCUACUCUCCCAAUAAUCGUGAAUAUUUCUGAGACCACACAGUCUACACUUACCCCAUACCCCAUUCAGCCAGUGCAAUCUACUACUACAACUACAUAUCUCACAAAGUCAACACAACCAUCACUUCCUUUAACCUCCGAAACCUAUGCUUUGGGUACAACCAUACCCGUCACCUCCAUGGCACCAUUUAUUACCUCUCAGACUCCAUUGCCGACCUUCAAAACAAAGAUUGAACCAUCAACGUCAACAACAAGUACGUCAUCCUGGACUGUCGCUCACACAACCUCUCAAGUGUCUCUGUCCACAACUAGUGGAGCAAUAACUCAUUUGGCCACAAGGCCACAAUUAACAAAGGAGGAAAGCAUCUUUCAUACUUCAGAAGUGGUCCCACCAAAGUCCACUUCUCCACCAGUCUACACGGAUCUGACCACAAAAAUGACUUCUUUGAAUCUUACAACAGAGGAACACGUAUCACCGAAGGUUGUCACUCAGGCGAGCACGGUGACCUCUACUUACCUCAUUUCAGCUGCUCACUUGUCCACUAAACUAGUGACUACACAACCCAGAACAGAAGGUGGAAGCACCACAGAGUUUACUACAUUCAUCCAGGACCUAGGUAACGUAACAGGCUCAUUAAAACCAAUACCCUACACAGACAGGACACUGUUACCCAUGGAUGUCUCUGCAUUUGAAACCACCCCACCCCCUGUACCUGCUUACUCCACAGAGAGCAUUCCACAACAAACUUCUCCAAUGGGGUUUACAGAAACGCUGAUAAAGACGUCAACAGCCCUUUCCACUAAAAAUAUAACAGUGACGUCUGUUCUCUCAACAACACCCCAUCGUCCAUCUCUAGAAACCACUAUCUCCAUGACCAGUCUGACUUCUGAGUAUCCUUUAACGGAUUUCUACACAACGAUGGCAUCCACUAGUCAGCAAACAUAUUCACCUCUCUCUACCUCAUUAUCUCCAGCUGGUUCUUAUUCUACAGCACCGUUAAUCAUGUCUCUGGCUACGGAAGGAAAAGCCUUGUUAACUGAUGCAAUUAGUACAACACAAAUCCCCAGCGCUGUCCCUGGUUUAGGCACCAGGACUACACCAGUUGGCCGACCCACCGAGCUUCCUUUCCAGUUCAGUACAUCUGCAACGUCUAAAGUUGCAAAGUUCGAUGGAAAACAACCGACAGAAAAAGCAGAAACCUUAUUUACGUCAAAAGAAAUCACAACUGAAUUGAGAGCUCUGUCAACACUAGAGACCUAUAAAACAACAGGUCAAUUAAUUUCUGCUGCUCAGUCAGGCACUCAAUCAGUGGCUGUGUCUGAAACAUUAGCCACCGCUCAGCCAACAGCAAAGGAUUUGACGUCUCUUGGGUCAGUCACUGAAGAGACACAGAGCUCGGCAGUAACCAUAACAAGAGAUACGGUUUCAGGUACCACUCCGUCACCAGCUCUUUCAACUACGAUGCAUCCUCCUUCAGUUAUCACACAGACAGUUACUACCUCAUUUGCUCAGCUCACGUCCCAGACUUCUGCCACUGGGAAAACUGGGGCAACUCCUGAAAUCACCCAGGAACUGGAAACAGUGGGAAAAAUUGUGUCCUUGGAGACCUUCCCCACCUCAGCGAGAACCUCAAACUAUUCCACAGCAACUGAGGCGUCACAAACCACUAUAGCACAGACCCAUCAGCUGACCACCACUUCACUAAAUGCUACUGAUAAAGUUGUACCCUCCGUGCCUCUCACACACACUUUACCAGUUACUCCUAUUCAUAGUCUUAUGACUAGCCCAGAACUCAGACUGGCAUCCACAACCGAGAGGGAACCUUCCCACUUCAAACCAACAGUCAUAACGUUAUCAAGAACGCUAGAAGAGACCGUUUAUCCUGCUGACCAGACUAGUUCUGGUGGCAGCUCAAAGAGCAUGACUGUGUCAGCCAUGUUGCCUACUAGAGAGUCCGCAACACUCCAGAUAUGUACACCAUACACGGAGAAUGAAUGCAUUAAGCACAUCUGUGUGGAUGGACAGUUAAUCCAGGUGAAUAAAUCCCAACAUUGUCCCUACAACGUAACUCAGCCCAGUUGUGGACUCCUAGGAUUUGCUGCACAGAUAAACGGCGACAGAUGCUGCCCCAAGUGGGAGUGCGCAUGCCGCUGCUCCAUCUUCUCAGACCUGAGUUUUGUAACGUUUGAUGGAAGUUAUCUUGCUCUGUUUAAAGAAGCCUCUUACAUUGUCACCCUGACCGAGGAUGAGUCCAUAACCGUCCAGGUUUCUAAGUGCCAACAUGCAGAUUCGGUCAAUGUGAGUGAUGUUACCUUGUGCCUAUCUGUGCUGGAGCUGACUUAUUUAUCCAACCAGAUCAUCAUUGAUCGCCUAAACCGAAAGGUGGCUGUGAACUCCAGGAACGCCUGGCCAAUGGUCAGAAAAUAUGGCUAUAGAAUAGUGGAUACUGGAAAUAUGUAUCUGAUCGAUACUCCGUCCAAUAUUAAAAUCCAGUGGUUUCACAGUACUGGGCUGAUGAUCAUUGAAUCCAACUCCACCAGUAAACCAACAUCUAUGGGAUUGUGCGGAUUUUGUGAUGGAAAUGCUACAAACGAUUUAAUUCUGCCCAAUGGCCGUGUCCUGACUAAAAGCGAUGAUUCCGGCGAGUUCCUGGACAGCUGGCAAGUUCCGUACACGCUAAAAUAUGUUGGAAAAGAAAGGCACCAGGAUCUGAACUGCUCGGUCGUGGACUGCUCGGAGUGUUUUGGAAUGAUCGUAAAGCAGGCGUUCAGCAGCUGUCAUCCUUAUGUGUCUCCUGAAGCGUUCUGUGAGCUGUGGGCGCAGGACGUAGAAUACAUCCAGGAUCCCUGCAAAGCCCUGACUGCGUAUGUCACCAUGUGCCACAAAUUCAACAUCUGCAUUGUAUGGAGGAAACCAGACUUCUGCCCAUUCAGUUGCCCCGGAUCACUAAUGUACCGAGCGUGUCUGCCUGUGUGCGAUGUCCCCCGAACGUGUCAGAACAACGAGAUAGAUCUGUACGACACAGAAUCGUGUUCCACACUCACCGAGGGCUGCGCCUGUGCGGAGGGAUCCGUGUUACAUCGGCCAUAUUCAGCUGUGUGUGUCCCAGAAAGCAAAUGUGUAUGUACAGACAGCGCUGGGACCGCACGUGAGCUAGGAGAGAUCUGGAAAACGUCCAGCACGGGAUGUUGUAUGUACACGUGUACAGACAAUGACACCAUCGUUCCUGUGCAGUCCAACUGCUCCGAUACAUCGGAACCCCAGUGCCAGCGAUACGGAGAGGUGGUUGUGUCGGUCUCCGAUAGCCAGUCCUGCUGCCCCCUAAAGCUCUGCGUCUGUAAUCAAACGCUCUGUGACGGAGAAAUCCUGACGUGCCCUGGACACCAGAAGCUGAUCUCUUAUUACCAGAACGAGUCCUGCUGCCCUCGGCAUACAUGUGAAUGUGACCCCGAUAAGUGCGAUCUGGAGGACACCGGACCUCAGUGCCGGGAGGACCAGACAUUGUUUGUUGCUCAUGUGAAUGAUUCCUGCUGCGUCAGACAUUUCUGUGGUUGUAACGUGUGCUCCCAGCAUAUACCUACCUGCCAUGAGGGGGAGAUACUUACCGUCACCAGCAAUAUUACCGAGAGGUGCUGUCCUACCUACCACUGCAUUCUCUCUGCACAUGCUGUCCCCUCAACACAGAAGUCUAAUAAGACCACAGAACAGACUGAAGGCCCCAUUACAUACUCUGACAUGGUAAAGGCAAUUCAGGACUCCAUUAACCCUAUCAUGGAAUCUCAUGCUGCAAAAGUCACGCAGGCAGUACAUGACAUCAAAUCACAGUUUAAACAGCUUUCCAAACGGGUGCAAGCUAACGAACAACGCCUUGGGGAAACUUUUCAUGACGUCGCUGAUUUAAAGGAACAGUGCGCCUUUCUCCAGAAAUCCCAUUACCAGCUUCUUAAUAAGGUCGACGAUCUCGAGAACAGAUCACGUCGAAAUAACCUAAGAGUGGUUGGGCUGCCUGAGAUACUUAAAGGGCCAGCACUCUUUUCCUUCAUACAAGACACGCUGCCUGAUCUGCUUGACAUUCAAGAUUCCUGCGCAGGUAUGAUUGUGGAGAGGGCCCAUCGUAUUGGUCCGGCAAGGUCUACACAGGAUUCCCGACCCCGGGCCGUUAUAUUCCGUUGUUUGAACUACAUCCAUAAAGACACUAUCUGGUCUGCGUCUCGACAAUGCUCCUGUGAGAAGAUCCCAAAACCGGAGUGUGAUCUGGGAGAAAAGUUACUAAUUGAUGAGGAAUUCCGGCUCUCGACAGCUAACCCCUGUAACUGCACCGUAUAUAAGUGUGUAAAGGACACCGUGUGUCUGAGUAAGGAGCGCGGUAUCCUGAGGCCGGGACAGACCAUUGUGGAGCAUACACCCCAGGGCGUCUGUCACUCAUCGCACUGUACGUCUGUCAUAGACCCGGUUACCAGGUAUCACCAGAUCAACGUCACCUCCCUGAACUGUGCCGCCAAGUGCCAGCCGAACCAGAUGUAUGAACCACCAAGAGAGGUGAGCAGGUGCUGCGGGCACUGCCGCAACGUGUCCUGCAUCCAGACCCUGCUGAAUGGUACAGUCCUCACUCACAGGCCCGGUACUUCCUGGAUCUCUAAGUGUGUCAGAUAUGACUGCACAAACACAGCAGUAGGACCAGUGUUAGUCACAUCAGCCAUCAACUGCCCCCCAUUUAAUGAGACAGAAUGUGUGAAGAUGGGAGGAUAUGUUGUGUCGUUCUUAGAUGGAUGCUGUAAAACCUGUAAGGAAGACGGAAAGUUCUGUAAGAGGGUGACUGUUCGGAUGACGAUCAGGAAGAACGACUGCAGAAGUAACACCCCAGUGAACAUUGUGUCUUGUGACGGAAAGUGCCCGUCCGCCAGCAUCUAUAACUACAACAUAAAUACAUACGCCCGCUUCUGCAAGUGCUGCCGGGAGCUGGGGCUACAAAGACGGGUCGUGCAGUUAUAUUGCAGCAGCAACUCAACCUGGGUCAAUUAUUCCAUCCAGGAACCCACGGACUGUUCCUGCCAGUGGUCAUGAAUCCGGUUUCCCCAGAAUGUAACACCCACCGCACAAAACUCCGCACUGUUCUUGAUAACUGCCCUCUGAUCUCAAAAUACUUUUUUUGUGUCAAAUUAAGACUUUUAUGCCCCUCUGCCUCCUCCAGCCUCUGUCCCCGAGCCCCAUUUCUAAAGACAAGUGCCAAUGCCUGUGAAGGACAUUUUUAUCAAUCGGAAUUAGGAGAUACGUGGAGACGUUUUUAGCUUCUGCCUUGUUAGUGUUUUAGGAGAACCUCAACUUUUUGUGUAAAACCCUUUAAGCCAAAUUUGUGAUGAAAACUUUGUCAUCCCUUUGCGUGGUGUCCAGUUAUUUCCUGAACAGUCAUCUACACUUAGGUCAAGACAGAAAUGCUGUUAUGUACGACAUUACACAUUGGCCAAAGCCUCUGCACGUGUGUCCGUGACCUUUGUGCCAAGCACAGUCCAUUUGGGAAGCCUGAGUAUGGAGAUACGGUACCAGUGAGAAAAGCAUCAGAUUACACUGGUUAUUGGCAUAGCUCCAUCAGGGUGUACAACAGUCAUCCUGCCACCGUGGACCCAUUUACUGCCUCUGGGUAUCCAGGACUGAAUUGUGGAUCAAGAGAUCACUCUGCAGAUUGGCCAGACAGCUCUAGAAUACAGGGCCAAGGACAAUGCUUUAAUCGGUCUCCACUUUCCAUACACCCCUCCCUCACAAUGCAAUCUGUCCACUAUAUUUGGUAUCAGGGCCAGGCCCUCCUGCAGUGUUACAGUUUUAAUAAACUGGGGCAAAAUGAGUGUUCCAGAAGAUUCCAUUUCAUUCUUUUGGUCAAGGCUCUCUGAAGGGCAAAUGAGGCCAGCUGUAUUGAAUGACACCUUGUAAUGGUUUCUGGACAGUGAACCUGUAUUUAUAAUACAUGUGCCUAGGCUGGACCAAUCCCUUUACCCCAUAGGUGGAAAUCAUGUUACAAAUAUUGUUUAAGGCAGAGAUUCCCAAUCUCCGCCUCUACAGUCCAGGUUUUAAGGAUAGCCAUGCUUGAGUCCAGAUGGUUAAAUCAAAUUGACUGAGGUCCUUAGGACCUGCACUGUAAUGUCAUAGUUUGGGAAACACUGGUUUAAGGUAUGAACCAGUCUCACAUAUUGGGGGUAAUUCUGAGUUGAUCGCAGCAGC